AUGGAGACAGCGUCGGACGCCUCGGUCCGGUUCGUCGACCAUGACGAUUCCGACUCGGACUCCGACUCGGCGAGACUCACUGCCGACCGCCGCGGCAACUCAAAGAACGGGCUCAGCCAAGCUAGGGCUGAACUAAAAAAGAAAGAGGAGGAAGACAGGGAGCUCGCCUUCGAGCGUACCCUGCGCAGCCGAGCCUUUAAAAAGGCGCCGGCUGCGGCGCCGGUGGUCAACGAGCCGACCCCCGCAAUAAACAUCGCAGACCCAGCCGACUUAAGCGCCGAGGAGCUCCGCGCGGAGGCUGGCCGAAAUGCGGCCCAGAUACGAGAGGUCGCUCUUAAAUCCUCCAACUUAAAAGGAGGAUUUAUUAAAAAGCUAAAAGACGCAGCGACCUCUCUGGAGGGUGUGGUCGAGGCCCUCGCCUCUCGGACGGAGGCCGAGGAGAGCAGGAGGCUCCGGGCGGACAACAACCGCCUGCACAGGGAGGUUGAAAACCUCAAGGCGGAGCUAAAGGCCCACCGCCGUGAGUACGCGGAGAUGCGUACCACGGUGGCAGCGGCGACCGAGGCGGCCAACACCCCGCGAGGCGCUCCUUCGAUGGAGGAGCUCAAGGACUUCAUCGUCAGGUCGAUCGGCGCGGCGAUGAAGGACCAAUUGGCGGGCCUGGAGGAGCGCCUCCCUGCGAGGAUGCAGCGACCUCCCUCCGCGGCAGAUAAACCGCAAGAGGUGACGCCGUCUCACGCGUCGGCGGCCCGUCAGCCGGCGAUUCCGAAUAAGGCCAGGAAAACGGCCCCACCAGUGGCACAAUCGCCGACCGCAGGCCCUCCAUGUGCGACGGUAAGCGCCCCGGUUGCACCGGCGACGUCCCAGACACCACCGAACAAGGAAACGUCCUGGUCCACGGUGGUGAAGAAGGGCAGGAAGGGGAGCAAGACCACCCCUUCCGCCGACGCUACGGCCACAAAGGCGCCGCCGAAGACGCCUCAGGUGGCCAAGCCGAAGCUGGCCACUCCGCGCACGGCUGCCAUCGUGCUCACGCUGCAGCCGGCGGCUGAGGAAAAGGGCGUCACUUACGCUCAGGUCCUUGAGAGGGCGGAGCAAGGAGUGAAGCUCCAAGACCUCGGCAUUUGCGGCGGCCUGAAAGUGAGACGGACUGCGACAGGGGCCAGGGUACUCGAGAUACCGAGGGCCCAAGCGGAGCAGGCAGGGAAGCUGGCUGAGAAGCUCCGCACCGUGCUCGACGGGGUCGCCAAUGUCGCACAGCCAGUGAAGAAGGCCGACCUGAAGGUGACGGGGCUCGACGACUCCGUCACCUUGGAGAAACUGGCCGCGGCGAUCGCGCGCGCCGGUGACUGCUCCUCCGAGGCGGUGAAGUGCGGAGUGAUGCAGCGCGGACCCGGCUAUAUGGGGAUGGUCCGCGUCACCUGCCCCCUCACGGCAGCGAAGAAGCUGGCCGCUGCCGGCGUCGUCGAAGCUCUGGCGUCCCGGACGGAGGCCGACGAAGCCCGUAACCUCCGUGCGGAUAACAGUCGUAUGCGCAGGGAGAUUGACUCCCUCAAGGCGGAGCUAAAGGCCCACCGCCGUGAGUACGCGGAGAUGCGUACCACGGUGGCAGCGGCGACCGAGGCGGCCAACACCCCGCGAGGCGCUCCUUCGAUGGAGGAGCUCAAGGACUUCAUCGUCACGUCGAUCGGCGCGGCGAUGAAGGACCAAUUGGCGGGCCUGGAGGAGCGCCUCCCGGCGAGGAUGCAGCGACCUCCCUCCGCGGCAGAUAAAACGCAGAUGUCGCAGGGUCCACCGCCGUCUAUCUCGACGGCCCGCCAGGACGGGGGUGUGGGAGCCCCAGCCAAGCCUAGGAAGGCGGCUGCUCUGGCUGCUCAGACCAAGCCCACCGCUUGCCUACCGAGCGCACCGGCACCGGCGACGUCCCAAACACCACCGAACCAGGAGACGUCCUGGUCCACGGUGGUGAAGAAGGGCAGGAAGGGGAGCAAGACCACCUCUUCCGACGCUAAGACGCUGCCGAAAACGCCCCAGCCAGCCAAAUCGAAGCUGGCCACCCCUCGCUCGGCUGCAAUCGUUCUCACGUUGCAGCCGGAAGCAGUAGGAAAGGGCGUCACCUACGCGCAGGUCCUGGAGAGAGCGGAGCAAAGUGUCAAGCUCCAGGACCUAGGAAUCAGCGGUGGGCUGAAGGUGCGACGCACGGCGACCGGAGCCAGGGCUCUCGAGCUGCCGAAAGCCCAAGCGGAGCAGGCCGAUAGGUUGGCGGCGAAGCUCCGCACAGUUCUCGACGGGGUCGCUGACGUAGUGCGCCCGGUCAAGAAGGCCGACCUGAAGGUGACGGGGCUCGACGACUCCGUCACCUUGGAGAAACUGGCCGCGGCGAUCGCGCGCGCCGGUGACUGCUCCUCCGAGGCGGUGAAGUGCGGAGUGAUGCAGCGCGGACCCGGCUAUAUGGGGAUGGUCCGCGUCACCUGCCCCCUCACGGCAGCGAAGAAGCUGGCCGCUGCCGGUCGCCUCCUCGUCGGGUGGAGCUCGGCCAAGCCCGGGCUCUGA